AUGGAAGUUUCAGCCGCAAAAAAAGCUCGAUCGCCGCUGCACAUACCAAUUGAGAUGAUUCGCUGUAUACUUUUCAAAUUGAAGAUGAAAGAUCUGAUCCGAUGUGAAUGCGUAUGCAAAGAAUGGCGAUCCACAAUAGAAGACCCCGAUUUCAAGCUCUCCUACCGCGGAGGACGGCGAGUGGUUGUGGCGGCGGCGUCCGAUAGCGGCUUAGCCUUUACAUCCAUAUCAACCGACAAUCUCCGCAUCAAAACCCUACUCCAGCGGCGGGGGAUAAGAGAGGGCGGUUGGUGGUCCGGCGUUUGGUGUUCUUGCAACGGCCUCGUGCUCUUCUCCGUGGGGAAACAUAUUCUGUUGUGGAAUCCCUCCACUCGCUGCUGCACAAAAGUGCUUGAGCUUCAACGAUUGAAGCAUUCUAUGUGGCAUCGUCAUAAUGUGGUCUCGGCCUCGGGGCUAUGUUAUGUCCCGUCCACAGGAGAUUACAAGGCGGUUCUGUUACUCCAUAAUGAUGAUGGAACUGUUCUGGUUGCAAGCCUCAAGAACAAAGAGUGGCGAAAAGUAGAGUUAUUUCCUCACCAUGGAGUGUCCGUUAGCGACUCCGGGGUUAACUUUCACAACACACUCCAUUGGAGGGUAGCUCAAUCUGCUACGGAUUGGUGGUCCUCACCGAGAUGCAAAAAGGUGGUUUAUUUCGAUGCGGAGAGCGAUGAAUUCAAAGAACUGCCCACCCCCAGUUUUCCGGCGGGGGAAAGUUGUUCAAUUCUUGGGUUGGGAAUCACAGACCACGGCGGCCAUCUCUGCAUAGCUCGCGAGAAGAGGAAGAAAACAGGAGAGGUUGAAGUGUUGGUUAUGAAGGAAUAUGGAGUGAAGAAUUCAUGGAUGACUCAGUUUGUGAUCUCUGCCUCUCAGUUCAGAUCUGGUUAUCAUCGUGACUUUAUAUUCAACACUUCCAAAUACAAUACAAAAGCGCUGAUUGGGAGCUGUUUGUAUGGUUGGUGGGGAGCAUUAGUUUAUCAUUUCAAGCUGGAGAAUUUCUUAGAAGCAGAAUCAGGACUUAGAAACCAUACCGCUAUGUGUUCCUAUGUUCAGAGUUUUGUUUCGCCACAUGAGUUUAUUUGGAGAGAUGAUGAUGAUCAGGACAAAUAUGAUAAGAUGUUGACAUUUAUUUUAGAAAGGUUUAAUAUCUGA